UUUGUUACUGGAAAACAGAAACUGCGUGAGGUGACAUAAUUUUCUAUCGCCCGUCGCCGAUUAAACAGCGAUGCUUUUGUAAACCGCGGCGUCAUAAUAUAUCUCAGAUUGGACUAUGUCGUUGAUUCCGGGCUCAAAACAGAAGGAUAGGCGCAUUUUAUGCGGGAUGUGCCCGGACCCGCAGUGCCAGGCGAAGCUCAUCUUCCCCGCACACACCUCCAUGAGCAUCGAGUGCACCGAGUGCGGACAGAGACACGAGCAGAAGAAUCUCGCCAAUGUGGAGGAAGUGACUAACCCUGAUGUAGUGCUUCAUAAUUUGCUGAGAAAUGCUUUGCUGGGUGUGCCAGGCCCUCCCAAGAAGGGCUCAGAGCUGGUGAAAGUGAUGGGACUGUCCAACUACCACUGCAAGCUGCUGUCACCCAUCCUCACCCGCUAUGGCAUGGACAAACAGACAGGCACUGCCAAACUCUUAAAGGAAAUGAACCAGGGAGACAUCUUUGACUGCUCGCUUCUUGGGGACCGUGCAUUUCUUAUUGAGCAAGAGCAUGUGUCCACUGUUGGGUAUGGACGGGACCGGUCAGGGAGCUUGAUCUACUUGCAUGACACUUUGGAGGAGAUCAAGAAAGCAAACGGUAAUAGAGAGUGUCUUAUUCCUGUGCAUGUGGAUGGAGAUGGACACUGCCUAGUCCACGCUGUGUCCAGGGCGUUAGUUGGACGUGAGCUUUUCUGGCACGCUCUUCGAGAAAACCUUAAACUCCAUUUCAAGCAGAACCUCGACCGCUACAAAGCUCUUUUCCAGGACUUUAUAGAUGCUGCAGAAUGGGAAGACAUCAUCAAUGAGUGUGACCCGUUGUUUGUCCCUCCAGAAGGAGUUCCACUGGGCCUGCGUAACAUUCACAUAUUUGGCCUGGCGAAUGUCCUUCACAGACCUGUAAUCCUUUUGGACUCGCUGAGCGGUAUUCGCAGCUCCGGCGAUUACUCCGCCACUUUCUUACCGGGCCUAAUUCCAGAGGAGCAGUGCAGAGGGAAAGAUGGCACUCUGAACAAGCCCAUCUGCAUCGCCUGGAGCAGCUCUGGCAGAAAUCACUAUCUGCCUCUAGUGGGCAUUAAGGGCUUGGCUUUGCCCCGCUUACCUGCAGCACUGCUUCCCAAAGCGUGGGGUGUUCCUCAGGAGCUCAUCCGCAAGUAUGUGAGUUUGGACCCCAGCGGGAGCUGUGUGAUCGGGGGUGACCGGAGCCUCCAGGAUAAGUACCUCCUGCGCCUUGUAAGCGCCAUGGAGGAUGUCUUCAUGGACAAGCACAGCAUCCAUCCCGCUCUAGUGGCCGACGUCCACCAAUACAUAUACCGACGCACUGGAGUGAUCGGCGUACAGCCGGAGGAGGUGACAGAAGCGGCCAAGAAAUCCAUCCAGGAAGGUCGCCUCCACCGCUGCCUGGUCUGCAAUGCUCUUUCAGAGCUCCACGCACCAGCCGAAUGGCUCAUACCAGGAGGGAAACUCUACAACUUGGCCAAAUCAACUCACGGGACGCUCAGAGCAGACAAGAACUACAGUUUCCCAUUGAAUAGUUUGGUUUGUUCCUAUAACCCAGAAAAAGAUGUGCUCGUGCCUGAUUACAAACUCAGCUCGCUCACAACCUGCACCUGGUGUCAUGGAACCUCAGUACGCCGAGUUCGGGGUGAUGGAUCUGUGGUGUAUUUGGACGGGGACCGCACUAACACUCCCUCGCAAGGCGGCAAGUGCGGAUGCGGGUUCAAACACUUCUGGGAAGGAAAGGAGUAUGACAAUCUUCCCGAAGCCUUCCCAAUCACUCUGGAGUGGGCUGGCCGUGUGGUCCGAGAAACUGUUUAUUGGUUCCAGUACGAAAUUGAUCCAACUCUCAAUAGUAAUGUUUACGACGUGACCAUGCGACUCGUCACAAAGCACUUCCCUGGUGAAUUCGGCAGCGAAAUCCUAGUCCAGAAAGUGGUGAACACCAUCUUGCAUCACACCGCGAAGAAGAGCCAAGAUGAAUACAACCCAGUUGCCAUCGAAGGUGCUCACGUGCAAAAUAAAGUAGACGGAGGUGAAUCUUCUGCUCACCCUCCGACUAAAAUCAUCCUGACGGGACAGAAGGGUAAAACUCUGCAUAAGGAGGAGCUGGUCAUGAGCAAAACCGAGAGGGUGUUGCAGCACAGCAUCAGCGAGCAGGCUGCCCUCUCCCAGCGCCGCAGCACAGACCGUGUGCGCCAGCAGGACCCUCGCCCAUCAUCUCCUUCCUCUUCAUCAUCCUCCGCUCCUCCCACUCCCACCAAAGUGCCCCCAACCAGCGGAGAGAAGAAGAUCCGCGUAACUACCAGCGACGGGCGGCAGGCCAUGCUUACUCUGCAGCCGCACACUACCUACAGUGAUCUCCAGAACUCAAUCAUCCAGGUCUUCAACUUGUCGCCCGGACAGUUGUGCAUCCGUCAUGGGUUCCCGCCCAGAGAGCUGCCUCCGCCACCUCCCGAAGACCAGAACCGGCCCGUGGCGCUCCAGCAUGGAGAUCGGAUCUCUGUGGAGGUGCUGAAGGAGAGCUCGUCUGAUCCUCAAGUGACCCAAACACACACUCACAGCCCUCAAACACACGCUCACUCUGACCCACGCCUCAGCCACAGCAGUAGCAGGGAACUUCAGGAAAACAUUGACCUUGAGAUGUCAUCACUGUGUCUCCUGGCAGCACUCAUGGGUGAAGAUGUCUGGUCAUAUGCCAAGAAACUGCCUCACCUGUUCCAGCAAGGAGGAGUCUUCUACAAUAUUGUGAAGAAAGACAUGGGUCUCCUGGACGGGAAACACUGCACACUGCCUCACUUGUCGGGUAAGACGUUUGUGUUUAAUGCAGCGGAGGAGCGUUUAGAGCUGUGUGUGGACACAGCUGGGCAUUUUCCAGUGGGUCCUGAUGUGGAGGAGCUCGUCCAGGAAGCUCUCUCCCAGCUCCGCUCAGACACAGCGUCUCGAAGCCGCGAGGGAAGUCCCGCGCACAGUUUGCGCCUGGGCUCUGGUGGCGCCGUACGCAGGAAAGAGCAGAACAUCACUGCCUUCCAAGGUAAAGGGCACUCGUUAGGCUCCGCCCCUCCUGAACAUCCACCAAUCAGGCGGCAGCACAGCAGCGGCGUUGACCUCAGCGGCAGCGUCCGCGGCGAAGGUUUAACGUUGUCAGGGGAAGAUUUAGUGCGUGUAGCUCCAGGCAUGCUUACUUUACGCGAGGGCCGUGGGAUGGGGCUGGAGCCCGCUGUGAUUGAGGCCCAGCGUCAGCGCUUGCAGGAGAUGGUUUCUAACAUACAGGCGUCAAUGGACAAACAUUUGCGCCAGCAAACUGCAGCAAGGAAUGAUGGGAAGGAAGAAGAGACUCCUGACAAAGCGGAGGAGAUGGAGAGUCAUGGGCCAGAACCUCCCAACACCUUCGAACCAAUGGACCAAUCCUGAUGCUUCAUAUACCCUCACGGUAGAGACACUGUUCCGGCCUAUGGAACAAACCAGGUGUCGUCUCAGUGAUACAGUUGUCUUUGGCACUUCUCCACAUUGUACUACCCAUGCAUUGCUGUCUUAUCCAAAGAACACUACACAGUAAAAGCCUGGAAAUGAAAUCACCUAAAUGUCUCGCUUCAUAGUCAGAGCUCAGAAAAUCUCUCUCAGCGAAUCAGCAUGGAGCGUGUGUCCGUCUGAGUGCCAGUUUCUAUUGUGUAAUCUCAGAUCGGCCUUUGAACUCUUAUCAGCCUUGCCUUCAAUACAGUUGUUCAGGCUCAUCGGUUUUUAGUUUGGUUGUCGUUUUUUUGCAUGUCUGCUCCUGUUCAACGCAAGGCAAUUCACACAAGUUUACUUGGUAUGAAGAAUGUAACGUAGAUUUGGCUCAAACUAAAUGAAAACUAGCUGAGAUGGUAAUAUUUUCAGCAUUUUCCUACUUCUAUUAUUAUAACUUGUGUUAGGCUUGACUAAAUUACUGAAGUAGAGGGUAAUGUGUGUCAAAGAUGGUUUAAAGCAGUGUUUCUCAACCAUAUUCCUGGAGGACCACCAACACUGCAUGUUUUGGAUGUCUCCUUUGUCUGUCACACCCAUUGCAGGUCUUUUAGUCUCUGCUUAUGAGCUGAUGAUCUGAAUCAGGUGUGUUUGGUUAAGGAGAUAAGGAAAAUGUGCGGAGCUGGUGGUUCACCAGGCACGUGGUUGAGAAACACUGGUUUAAAGGGUAAGUUUAUCCUGAAAAUAGCAUUGCGUCAUCAUUUAUUCACCUUCAUGUCAUUUCAGCCAAACUUGAACUAGAACGCAAAUGAAGAUUUCUAUAUAAAAAUAACUUAUAAAAUCAAACAAGUGAUUUUUCUCCCUCAGCUAAAGUCUGUUAGACCAAAACUAUUACAUUUCAAAAUGACAGAAGUCAAAAAAUGAAUCUAAACUAUUUAAUUUGAAAUAUUAAAAGUUAAAAAAAGCGAUUCAAAGCCAUCUUAAGAAAAGUGACGUCCUUUUAUGAUGAACAUAUUUAAUUGAGCAUUUUAUGAUAAGUUAAGCAUGCUUGCUUGAUGCACAAGAGCCUGCGAGGUUCAUUCUGGCAUCUUACACAGCAUGUUUGAGCUUCUACGAGAGCCAGUGAGGUUUGAUCUCUGCUGUUUAUGUUCGCUGGUUAAUAUUUAUACGUGAAUAAAAUACUCAAUUAGGUCUGUUUACCGUAUGAAGUGAUUGUGUCUUCAAAAGACUUAGAUUAAACCUCUCAUUUCACACGGGUUUAUUUUUUGGAUCUCUUCAUGAACAUUUGAAGCCUUGGAGAUGUGGGUGAACAUCGUCAGCGGAGGGAAAUGUAUAUCUUCAUUUGUGUUCUGAAGACCAGAAGGGAUGUUUUACAGCAGGGGUGCUUAACCCUGUUCCUGAUUAUCUACCUUCCUGCAGAUUUCAGUUGCAACCCAUAUCAAACACACCUGGCUGUAAUUAUCAAGUGCUGUUCAUAUCCUAAUUAAUUGAUUCAGGUGUGUUUGAUCAGUGUUGGAGCUGAACUCUACAGGAAGAUAGAUCUCCAGAAACAGGGUUGAGCAGCCCUGUUUUACAGAUUUGGAACAACAUGAGGAGGAGAAAAUGGUGACAGUUGUCAUUUUGGGAUAAAAUAACCCUUUAUACUUCAAAAAAUACUUUUAUUACUUAGAGGUUUGCUUUGUUUCUAGUCCAAAUAUCUAAAAAUUCUUAAAUCGAGAAGCGUUUUAGAUCGGUACAAAGUAUUGUUUUGUUUUCAGGAAAUUAAAGCCAAAAUUAAUUACAAUUUUCCUUCAUUUAAUUAUAAUUGAAUAAUUUGAUUUGAUUAAUUUAUUAUAAUCGAAACAAUCUGCCAAAGGGGUAAGUAAAAUAGUCUUAUUUCAAACCGACAACAAGAUUAUUUUGAUUUGUUUAAAGAAAAAACUCAUUUAAAGGGAUAGUUCAGCCUAAAAUGAACAUUCUGUCAUUAUUUACUCUCUCUUCAGCUAUUCCAAAUCAAUUUGAGAUUGUUCUGAAUAAAAAAAGAUAUUUUGAAGAAUGUUGUAAACAUGUAACCCAGCGGUGUCCAAAUUCAGUCCGGGAGGGCCGGUGUCUUUCUGAGUUUAGCUCCAGCUUGCGUCACACCUGCCUGGAAGUUUCUAGUACAGGGGUGCCCACACUCAGUUGUGGAGGGGCGGUGCCCUGCAAAGUUUAGUUCCAACCCCAAUCACACACAACUGGGCUAGCUAAUCAAGCUUUUACUAGGCUUUCCAGAAACAUCCUUACAGGUGUGUUGAGGCAAGUUGGAGCUAAAAUCUGCUGGACACCGGCCCUCCUGGACCAAUUUUGGACACCCUUGUUCUAGUACAGUGUUUCUCAACCACGUUCCUGGAGGACCACCAGCUCUCCACAUUUCCAUGUCUUCUUAACCAAACACACCUGAUUCAGAUCAUCAGCUCAUUAAUAGAGACUAAAAGACCUGUAAUAGGAGUGACAGACAAAAGAGAGAUCCAAAACAUGCAGUGUUGGUGGUCCUCCAGGAACGUGGUUGAGAAACACUGUACUAGUAUAUCUAGUAAGAGCUUGAUUAGCUGGUUCAGGUGUGUUUGAUUAGGGUUGGAGCUAAACUCUCCAGGACAACGAACGUCCAGGACCGCGUUUGAACACCCCUGAUGUAGUAGUUGACACCAUUAAUAGGACAAAAAUACUUCACAAGUCAGUUGUUCCAACAUUCUUCAAAAUAUCUUCUUUUGUGUUCAACAGAACAAAGAAAAAUCAAGAAUGAGUAAAUUAUGAUAUAAUAUUAAUUUUUAAUAUUAAUUUUUGGGUGAACUGUCACUUUAAUACACUGUAAAAAAAAAAAAAAAAAGUUGAGUUAACUUAAAACUUUAAAGCAACCGGCUGCAAAGAAAUUUUGAGUUUAUUAAGCUUCAGUGGUUGAAGUUGUGCCAAAUUUUUUAUUUAGGUUGACUGAAAAUGCUGUUUUAAUUCAAGUAUACUUUAUGGAAUAAUUUGGCACAACUUCAACCACUGAAGCUUAAUAAACUCAAAAUGUUUUUGCAGCCGGUUGCUUUAAAAUUUUAAGUUAACUCAACAUUUUGGUUCAAAUGAGGAAAUCAAAAAUCUCCUCAACUGAUUUUUUUUUUACUUUCAUUCAACAAACACGCCAUUAAAUCGUUUUUUUAAGAGUAAAUUCAACUCCUGAGUGCAAAAAUAUGUCCACCUAACUUACAAUUUUAGUUACAGUUAACAAUUUGUGUUGAAUUUUUUUUUUUACAGUGUACUGACUUAUAAAUUCUGUAAACAAAAUAUUUUUACUGGUCUAAAAAAAGCUUCUUGAUUUUUAAUUUUUUAAUUUUUUUUUUAGAUUUAAAACGAGACAAAAAACCCCAAGUAAAAAAGGAUUUUUUGGCAGUGUAAGCUUCUAUUUGUAUCAAACUAUACUCAUACAAUCUUUCCGUCACCAAAAAACAAGUGUACAGUACAACUGAUUACUAGAGCUGUUGAUCUUUGCACAGCGGUCACUGGAUAAAAGCAUGGGAGUGAAACUCCUACAGAUUGUGCUGAACUCGUAACGAAACUUUGCUGAGCUUAACCCAUUGUUGCCAAAAAUAAAAAACAAACAGGUGUUCAGACCUGUUAUUAACAGCCUUAACUAAUCUUCUCCCGUCCCCAGCUCUGAUCUGCAGUGUUUGUGCGUGACGCGUCUCAAAAAAGAAAAAAAAAAAACAGAGCGUUGGUCAAAAUCCAAGCGAAGCAUGAUGGUGCUGGUGGCCUGAUGAGCAUUUGAUUAGUUUCAUUUUUUAAAUUAGUUUAGAUUUGUUUGUUUUUUUUAAGUUGACAACAUCAGAGCACUUUUCUGUGUGAGCGUGUUUAUUAGCUCUUGAGCAUUAUUGAUAUUGUUGGUGUGAAGAGCAGCACAAAAGAGAUGUUUUACUGCUUGACGUGACACAGACUCGAGCGCAGGCUGUUUCUCUGUGACUGCUGCCCUCCUGAUAUAUUGUAUUCCAGUGUACAAUAGUGGUAUAUAUUGUAUUAUACUUUCAUCUGUACAGAUAUCGGAUCUGUUUUGUUUGUUUUGGUUUUUCCCCUCUUUCUGUAUUGUCUCUCCUCUGUUUUUUGAAUAAAACAGUUGGACGAUUCUACGCAGCUGAGGAAUCUGCUGUUUGCAUGCUUGAUUACUUUUCAGCCUAACAACAAUAAAGUUAUUCCAAGAAAUGA